AUGGGCCAGUACCAACAGCUGGACUCGCCGGCUGGGCGCGAUGACGGCAUGCUGCGCCGGACCACCAGCGAAGACUCGCAACGGCGGCACAAUGGACACGGCGGCAACAACGACAGUGACUCCGAUCUCGACGCUCUACUGGAAGACGAUCCCAUUGGAGACGACUUUCACCAGAUGGAGAUGAUGAGCGACUCCGAGAACAAAGAGUCCGCCGUCAUCAAGAAAAACAAGUGGAUCAAACACGCCCUCAAAUGCACAGCCUACCUGCUUUGCUGGUACACGUUUUCUCUCUCCCUGACGUUAUACAACAAGUGGAUGUUUGAUCCAACAAAGCUGGACUUUCGGUUCCCGCUGUUCGCCACAGGUAUCCACCAACUGGUACAAACUGCGUUUGCUACUGCAGUCAUUACAGCGUUCCCCCGACGCUUCAACCCCCGUGUGAUGGCAACAGAGAAGGGAGAGGUCUACGUGCCUCUGACGUGGCGGGAGUACAUAUACAAGAUGGGCCCCUGUGGUCUGGCCACGGGAGGAGACAUUGGAAUGGGCAACAUCUCGCUAAAAUAUAUCACCGUGUCCUUCUACACCAUGGUCAAAUCGUCGUCUCUGGGCUGGGUCAUGAUCUUUGGUUUCAUGUUCCGAAUCGAAAAGCCCAACGUCAAGCUCAUCAGCGUGGUAAUGGUGCUGAUGAUCGGUGUGGUCAUGAUGGUUGCCGGAGAGACUAAGUUCCAUCUGAUCGGCUUCCUGCUUGUCUUAGGAGCAGCAGUUCUGUCAGGUCUCAGAUGGGCUCUGACUCAGCUGCUUCUUACACGAUGCCCUGCGACUACAAACCCCUUUUCCACGAUUCAGAACGUGGCUCCCAUGAUGGCUCUGUGUCUGUUCGUGUUUGCUCUGAUUGUGGAGGGUCCUGUGACGUUCGUCACAUCCCAUUUCUGGGCCGACCAGGGCCUUCUUUGGGGGAUUUUCCUCAUGGUCAUCCCGGGACUUUUUGCAUUUUUCCUUACUGUGGCCGAGUACGCGCUGCUGCAGGAGACCUCUGUCAUCACACUCUCUAUUGGAGGCAUCUUCAAGGAGAUUCUCACGAUUGUGGCCAGUGCACUGAUCUACGACGACACCAUGUCUGUGGUCAACACUAUUGGCCUGGUGAUCUCGCUGCUGGCCAUCAUUGCUUAUAACUGGUACCGAUGGCAGACAUUUGAGGAGUGA